CCGGCGGUGCACAGAUGACCGAAGACCGGCAGGCAGGGCAGGCAUAUCCUUCAAGGUUGCUUUUCCUCGUCUAACCGUCCUCAAGACUCGUGGAGCCAAUCUUCUCAGCCCGGUCUCAGCCCUGCUCCAGCCUUUCCAAUAGCCUUGCCAAGCGGACCAUCGAAGAGCUGCACGCGCACCUCCGAGCCGCGUCCCCCACCAGCAAGCUCCCGUCUACCUACACACCUCCUAGCUAUCACUCGACCUCUACCUAAGUUAUCUCACCACCUCCACCACAACCACCUACCGCACAUCCGCUCAUAAUGGGCCCUCCCCGCCCUGACGGUACAGCUCUCCUGAAGCACUACCGACUACAGGAUCCAUACCCAGCGGCGUGGUCAGAUCCGAUAGAAGAUGCCGCGGAGAAGCAAGGGUUGAAACGGAACUCGACUGUGCGGUACUCAGUGCUUCAGGAGAACGUGGCGUCAACGCUGAAGGGGCUGCUUGCGGACGAUGGUGGGACACUACCGCAGGACGAGCCCGACCCACUCGGGAGCACCGAGUCGGUCGUGCGCGUGUUGAAGCAGCGCGGGCUGCCGGUUGAGGAUAACUUGCGAUUGCGAAGCAGGUAUAUGGUCUCGUCGAAACACUUCUCGCCCGCCGCCUUCCUGCGCGAUGUACACGCGAACACUCCCACGCCAACGCUGCAGCAGGGCCUCAACUACCUCAGUCAAUCGAUUGCGCAGAAGUCGGGGUCGCUCAAGGAGCUUGUGGAGAGCAACUUCGACCGGUUUGUGGCUGCGAAGGCGAUUAUCGAGGGUGUGUACAAAGAGAUGAAAGAGAAUGCCUUUCUGGACAAGGAAAAGGAGGCCGAGUACGGUGUUGGGAAGAUCAGGAGCUACCUCAACGAGGUCGACACUAAGGCGAAUGAAGUUUUUGGGCCAAUCAUGACGGGACGCGGAAGGGAGGAGGGUCUGAGGUUGCUUCUGGGAAUAUUAGAUAAGCACGGACAGAUGCUGGAGAUUCCGGUGACGAUGCUAGAGUGCAUCAAGAGGAAGGAGUACGAUGCUCUGCACGAUGAGUAUCAGCAAGCGCGCAAAUACUGGGUGGACUCGCGGGCCCUGGUGCCGGACCCAAAGGUUGGGGUUGGAGGCAACGUGAGGGAGGAACAUAUUCAUCAGCUCAUCAUUGCCGAGAAGAUGUGGAACGAAGUCACGUACGUGAUUGAAGACUUCAAGAAGGAGACGUGGAAGCGGCUUAUCGACUGCAAGACUGAAGAUAACACUCACAUGGAGCUCAUUCAGGUCUUGCUGGAAGUUGGGGUGGAGGAUAAUCCAAUUACUUACUGGCUUGCCAGUCGUUAUGAAUACCUCAAGAGCAAGAUUACGACGACGUUUGAGAGGUCUCGGGUUGAAAUCGAAGCUGUCCGGAGAAGGGUAUUGGAAGCACCUGCGCCGAAUACCCAGACAAUAGCACACCACCUUCGAUCGCCGACCCGACGUGGCCCCUCGGAUUCUCAAAAGGCUUUUGACAUACCUCCAAUUACCGCCUUCUGGGAGUUAGUGCACCAUUCGAUGAUGGAGAUUCUAGAUGCUUCGACGGGAAUUCUCGCUGAGAUCUUGAGCUUCUGGAAAGCUGCACAGUCAUUCAUCGACGGUGACAAUCUGUUACCUGUUGGUUUCGACGACCAGAGCAGAAAGCACCACCGUCUGAGCGACAAGGAUGUGCGGAUCCUUCGGGAUGGCGCGAUCGAACUCGUCACCUUGAUCCGAACCUGUAUGAACACGUUCUUCCUAGAUCCUCCACCGGAAGAUAUAUCUGCCGUGUACAGUCCAAUGCCCAACACUCCUUUAUCGGCGACGACGCCUGAUUUCCCGCCGAUUCCCCCGGUGCCUAGAAUGAAAGAUAAUGGAGACGAGGACUUAUAUGCGUUCUUCCCGCCUCGGGCGAACACUCUUGGGGCGGUGCAUUACCUAGGGAAAGUGAUGAUACUUCUCGGAAGGGCUGCAGCCUCCCUCGCAGAAAUCUUUGGGGGCCUCGGCAGCGGAAACCUUCAGGAUGAGCUCCGUAGUAUGCUCUCCGCCGCACGGGAGCGUACCGUCAAAGCUCUGGGCAGUACAUGGCUGGCAGACUCGCAGAACUGCCGGGUCAUGGAGGAUUGGACCCGGGCGAGUGAUAACCGUGGAGUAACGAAGAUGCCAGGUUACUUCUUUGCGUUCGAGAAGGAAAUUAUCGGCGGCAUGCAGAGCAUUAUCUACCUGGACAAAGUGCGGAACGGAGAGACGAGCGUUAUUCCCCAGCCUUCCGCCAAGUUCCUUACGAGCGUCCGUGGCCAGUUCGUGCGCACCCUCUACAAAGCUCUACAGGGCAUGGUGGAAAACGCACAGAAACCGGCGGGCACGGAAGCGGCAGAGAAGGACGGGCUCAUCAGUCCUCUACACGGCACCCGCGCUACAAACCUCACUGCUCGCUCGAUUGACAGUCGGGACAAGAACACCCGGAUGCUUCUAACCCUUAGCAACCUGCAGCUCCUCCGAUCCGAGAUUGUACCGGAACUAAUUGGCCAAUUCGAAAACGCCUUCUCGGUCAAGCUCACUGACGAAUCCAAAACUAUCCGUGAUGCCCUGGGCCAAAUCGACGCACAGCUUUUUGACGAAUACACCAAGCCCCUAGUGCGGAGCAUCACAUCCACUGUGCGCAACGGCAUCCUCUCCCCUACUUGGGCUCCGCCUCCAGGCCAACUCGCCACUGAUGUCCGGCCAUACGUCUACGAGGCGCUCCUCACCAUGGUUGACGUACACGCACAAGUGACCAUCACCGCGCCCUCGCUGGUCCAACAAGUACUCUCGCACCUCCUCGAGCAGCUGUCACGCGAACUCCUCGAGAGUUUCCGGCAGCGGAAAACGUUCACCCUCGGAGGACUUUUGCAGGCGACCCUUGACGUAGAGUUUGUAAACCAGACGCUGAGCCAGUUUAAUACACCAAAGUCUUCGGAGUGGCAACAGCUAGUCUAUGUAGAACUCGAUCGCGGCAGCGAUGGUGAUGCUAGGACGGGAUUGCAGAAGGAGUUGGGCGAGAUGAAGAAGAUACUAAGCUCCCUCAGACGCUGCUCGAGGGCUGAGUUUUUGUGCUUCCGUGCGAAGAAAUCCAACACGAGAAAGACGACCGCGCAUACCGCGGAGGGAGAUACGGGGGGUAGAUAGACUAUGCUACUCCAUGUGGGGGUGCUCUGUUAUGCUGUUUCCUUUUCUUCUUUCUUCUUUAUUGCUCUUUUGGCGUAGCGAGCGGUUGAUCAUGCGAACAUUGGUGGGUGGGUGGGAUGCAUAUACUUGUAAUGUGAUAGGACAGGUUAUGUAGCUUCUGAUUUAUGCCAUGUGAAGCUCUCUAAAUGGCUACUAGGUACUGAUAUACUUCGCC